CCAUGCCCAUCUCACAUUAGGAAGGUUAUUUUUGGACAUUUACCUUUACAUACUAACUAGAACCUCCCUCGCGCUUUUCUUCGUUUCCAAACCCGAAAGGCCCAACCACAGAGUCUCCAUUGCCCCUCGCUCUCUCUAUUGGUUCACGCGCGGCAAUUGGAGAUUCACGCGCCACCAUGGCCUCACCACCGACACUCCCUAUCUCCUCCCAAUCCAGCGCCUCCGGCGGCUCCGCCUCGCAGUCCCAGCCUCCGAUCGCAACGCCGGCGUUCCGCGCCUUCAUCUCCCGCAUCUCCUCGUCCCUCCGUCACGCCUUUGCGCAGCGCCGCCCGUGGGCGGAGCUCAUCGACCGGAGCUCCAUGUCCCGACCUGACACCCUCGCCGAAGCAUACUCUCGGAUCCGCAAGAACUUCGGCUACUUCCGCGUCAAUUAUCUAACCCUAAUCGCGCUCGCGCUGGCGGUCUCGCUCAUCACGCAUCCGUUCUCGCUCUUUGUUCUCUUUGGCCUCCUCGCGUCGUGGUCGUUCCUUUACCUCUUUCGCCCUUCGGAUCAGCCUCUAGUGCUCUUCGGACGCACCUUCGCCGAUCGCGAAACCCUAGGGAUCCUCGUUGUGCUCACCGUGUUCGUUAUUUUCCUCACCAGCGUUGGAUCCUUGUUGAUCUCUGCAUUGAUGGUUGGAUUGGCGAUCGUGUGCUCGCACGGCGCGUUCCGCGUUCCCGAGGAUCUGUUUCUCGACGAUCAGGAGCCGAACAGCUCCGGAUUCCUCUCGUUCCUCGGUGGCGCCGCCGCUUCAGCCGCCGCGCCGGCCGUCGCGCGCGUGUAAACGGCGGGAUCUGGACGAACGCUGUGUCCGGUGGAUUCUUCUCAGGUUGGUUCGGCCUUUUUUGUUGUAAUAUGUUAAAUUGAAAAUUGUUGCGAUAUUCUUUGCCUUUUGAGAUCCAAGGCGAAUUGCUUAGGGUUUAGUUCUGUUACUGCUUACUACUUUUUGUUUUACGCCGAAAUAUUAUUGUGCUAUUAAACCUCAAGUAAUGCAUCUUAGUCAUUGAUUUUGCUUCUGAAAUUGUUCGUCAUUUUCGGUA